AUGGGUAAUGAAAUUUCUAAUGGAAAUCAUGCAGACUUGGAAUCCAUGAAAAGAUUUAUGUACAUGUCUCCUGGAUAAGUCAAAUUGAUAAAGUAGAUAAUAUUUCAAAUUAUGUUAGAGAAAAGUUCGACAUGAUGGCAGACGAGGACCUAACUAUUGAUAGAAAUGGAUUGGUUAAGUUGAUGAAAUUGAAGGAAACAGAAGUAAAUAAGGUCUUUCAGUUUUUUGAUAUUAGUAAUGAUGGUAGAAUUGAUAGUAAUGAAUUUAUCUGUGCUCUAAGUCUAUUGAGUUAGGCUACCUUGAAAGUAAUGUAUCGCAUCAAUUCUUAGGAAAAGGCAAACGUGAUAUUUUCACUCUAUGAUUUUGAUCACAAUAAAACUAUCACUCGUAAUGAGUUAAUUAUGCUCAUCAAAACUACUCUAAAUGCCUUGGGAGCUAUGUCACAGAAGGGAGAAUGCACUAUUUAGGAAGCUGAAAGGAUUGCUGAUGAUUUAUUAAGAAAAUACGAUAAUAACAAGGAUGCAUCAAUUUCACUUAAUGAAUUUUAAAGGUAAUAUGACGAUAAUAUCUUAGUUUAUUGUCAAAAGAUCAGGAUGUACUUAAAAUGUUAUUGUCAUAUGGAUUAUGCUCCUUGGAAGAUUUGAGGUAAGACUUUGGAGGAUCCGAAUAAGGAGAUGUGCCAUACCCAGACUCAGAUUUGGAGUAAGAGACUCAGAGGAAACACUUGGUCUUGGAUUAAAAAAGAGAAAAGCGUAAAAUUGGAAUUGAAAGCAAUCUUUAUUAGGAUGACCUUACAAAUUAGCAUAUUGGAUAUUAAUAUUAAACAAAUAAAUCAUUGAGCAAAGAAAUUUGGAAAAAUCAAGUUAGAAAUGGGCAACCUUCUAAUUGGAAACCAAACACAGCAGAUAUCAAUCCACCCAAUGCCAACUUAGAAUUAGAUUAUAUAUAUGGUUUUAGAUGUUUUGACAGCAGAAACAAUAUCAAAUUGGUGAAUCAAGAAUUAGUCUAUUAUACAGCUGCUGUAGGUAUAGUCUACAAUCCCUAAACGAAUACCUAGAAAUACUUCUUUGAACACACAGAUGACAUCACAUCUAUAGAUGUUCACGAUAGAAUGGUGGCUACUGGUUAAGUGGGAGCACUUCCUAUAAUAUAUCUUUGGGAAGUGGCAGAUAAGAUAGAACACUCCAAAGCAGCAUUUAAGGGAGUUUUGAGAAGAGGUGUGUAAUGCUUAUCAUUUUCAAAUGAUGGGAAGAAGUUAGCAGCAGUCGGGAUGGACGAUGAUCAUACAUUAGUUGUAUAUGAGGUGGAUACAGCUAGGGAGUUGAGGAUUAAAGGAGAUUCGACAUAAGCAUUAUAAGCAUCUGGAAAGGGACCUAGAUCUUAAGUUUUUGAUAUCAAAUUUGAUAAGACAGAUAAAUAAUUGAUUAUUGCUUGUAAGAAUGAAGUGUACUUUUGCAAUUACGAUUAGGGACAGAUAAGAUUGAAUAAAGGAGUAUGGGAUACUAAAAUAUGUCCAAUUUCAACUGUUUUGUGUGUUGGUUUAUGUGAUAAUAAUGUCAUCACUGGAACUUACAAAGGAUAGUUGAUAAUUUGGAAAAACAACAGAGCGACUUCAUCAGUGGAGGCCCACAAGGGUGCUGUGCUAUCAAUGCACACAAGAACUAAUCAGGAAGGUGGAAUAGUGUCUGGGAGUAAGGAUGGCACUAUAGUUGUAUGGGAUGUUAAUAUGAAGGCAAGAGAGAGAAUUGAUGUUUAAAAUUUGAAAUUAAAGAUCUUUAACUUCAAGGUUCAAAGCGUAACCCUAGGUUGGAAUGAUACAGAGAAGGCAAGUCAUUUAAUCUUUGGAACAAGGGGUUCUGAAAUAGUGGAGGUAUAAGGAUCAAAAACUAAAAUUCUUAUGAGAGGACAUUCUUAAGGUACUUUGAGAGGAUUAGUUAUGCAUCCUAGAUUUCCUAUGUUUUACACAAUAGGUGAGGAUAAUAUACUUGCUUGUUGGUUAAUAAAAGAUAAAAAGAUAUCUAGUUUCAUAAGACUGGAUUAUCCUAGCAGUGCUAUUCAUAUCAGUAAGGACUAUAAGUAUUUGGGAGUGGGGAGUGUCAAUGGAACAAUAUUGAUAAUUGAUCCAAAGACACUGACAGUAGCAUACAAUUUUAAAGAUAGAGAUGCAGAGGUGUCUUGUUUAAAGUUUUCACCAGACACAGAAUUAUUGGCAGUUGGUCAUGAUGCACCUAGCUGUGAUAUACUUAUUUAUUCGAUUAAAAACCAUUUCAAGAAAACAAAUGUGUUACGUGGUUCACCAGCUAAAAUAAUCAGCAUUGAUUUUUCAUCUACUUGUCGAGUAUUACAAGUAAAUGAUUGGAGUUAACAAGUAUUAUAUUACGAAUUGGGAGGAGAGAACAACUAGAAAAUAUAACCAGAUGGAGCAUAUAAGUAUAAGGAUGAAAAGUGGAGUACAUAUACAGCAAUUUAUGGAUGGCAUGUCUAUGGAAUAUGGCCAGCAUUGUCAUUGGGCUCAGAUAUCAAUGCUGUUGAUAGAUCAAAUAAAGGAGACAUUGUGAUUUCAGCUGAUGAUUAUUCAGGCAUCAAACUAUUCAGAUAUCCUGCAUCCAUCCCUGGAUAAGGAUAUCAAAGAUUUGUAGGACAUGCAGCUCAUGUUACAAACAUUAGAUUUUCAGCUGAUGAUGAGUAUGUGGUUUCUUUAGGAGGCAAUGACAAAUCUAUUAUGUAAUGGAAGUUCUCUUAUGAUCGAGAUGCUUAGAUGGAGUAAGAUUAAGCCUGUGACACUAUUCAAGAUAUCUAGAUACCCAAAGAAUACUGUCAGAUUACUACGAAUGAUGAGAGCAUUUAAUAAGAAGGAUAAAAGUAGUAUCAGACUUAUCUGAAAUCUACCCAACCCACUGACUUUAAAGGUGAUGACUAAAAAUACAAUGUUUUACCAUAGGCCACUCUAAUCCUCGAUUAUGUAUUAGGAAUGAAGACUGAUCAACUAGGCCAGGAAUACUUUAAUGGAGUGAAAUUUUUGGAUAAUGGUAAAAUUGGUUAUACCUGUGGUGCAGUUGGAAUUAUUAUGGAUCCCAUUGCACCUGUUGGGUAAUAGUAUUGUUCACAGACAUUCUUUAAAUUGCAUUAAGAUGAAAUCACCUGCAUUGCUAUUCAUCCCAAAGGCAGAAUUAUCGCGAAUGGAACUAAAGCCUUUGCCUUAACUGAGAAUCAAUUAACUCCUAUAUAUGUAUGGGAAGCAGAAACAAAGAAAGUUUUAUCUUUGUUAAAUGAUUUUCACACCAAAAUGAUACAUUGCAUUGAAUUCAAUUAAGAUGGAGUGUUCUUAUUAUCAUUUUCAUAAGAAUACUCUAUUGCAAUUCAUGAUUGGUAAGUUGGAUAACUUAUCAUCACCAUCAAAACUGUUAGAUCACUAAUAUAUGGAAUAUGCAGUAAAUCCUCAAAUGAAUUUAUGUCAUGUGGAUAGAAGAGUGUUACAUUUUAUUGUAUGGAUGGCAGGAACGUGAAAAGUUCACCUGGAAUAUUAAGUACUAGCCACUUUGAACCAAUGUUAUGUUGUUGUAUUGCAUUUAAAGAGCAGUAUGAAAUUACAGGAUCUGAAAAUGGGAACAUAUUUUUAUGGAAAGAAAAUAGGAAUUUCAAAACAUAUGAGGGACACAAGUCAAAAGUCAGUUCAUUAGUUGCAGUUGGCAAGACUCAAUUAUACAGUAGUGGAUUAGAUGGACAGAUCAAACUCUGGGAAAUGAAUGGAAACAAUCUAAUUAAUAUAGCUGUAGUGAUUGAUAUCACUGAAGUAUUCCAUCUAACAAAAGUAAAUGGUAUCAUAUCAAUGGACAUUAAAAAUGAGAAUAUCUUAAUCGCAACAAAAUAAUCCUAAAUUUUACAUGCCCCCUUGAAGAACAUUCAGAAUUUAAAAGUGCUACUAGAUACUCAUUAUGGAGGAGAAGUAUGGGGAAUUGGAGUAAGCAAGGCUUCCUAAACCAUAGUAACAUGUGGAGGAGAUUGUUUAUUAAGAUAAUGGGAUAUUAAUUAGUAUACAUUAGUGAAGGUAUCCCACCCAUUUGAAAAUGAUAUCAGAGCUUGUGAUUGGAGUGUUGAUGAUAAGUAUAUUGUAGUUGGAGAUGUGAGAGGAUGUAUUUUCUUAUUGAAUUCUAAGAAUUUGGAGAUUUUAGAUAAAAAGAAUUCUAAAGCAGGAUAAUUGAAAUAGAAUUCUCAGCAGAUAACCAACUGGGUUGAAGACAUUAAGUUUUCACCGGACAGCAAAAAAAUUGCAUUUGGAGUUCAUGAUUCCUUCUCCUAUAUUGAAGUUUGGGAUAUCGAAUAAGGAAAGUUUUCUAGGCAGAGUUCAAUCAAUAUUUCAAUGAAUAGUUAUGUGACCAAAUUGGAUUGGGCUGUAGAUUCAAUACAUAUACUGAUUAAUUCAGGUAGUUAUGAAUUGAAAUUUGUUAAUGUUUCAUCCUUAAAGGAUAUACCAGCAACAUAGGUUAAGGAUUUAGAAUGGCACACUUGCACAUCCUUGUUUGGAUUUUAUGUUUAAGGAAUAUAUCAAAAAAAGGAUGAAUAUCAAGUUACUGCAGUUUGUCUUGAUAAGUAAAAAUCAAUCCUAGCAACAGGAGAAUAUAAUGGAUUAAUUAACUUAUAUAAAUAUCCAGCAGUUUGUUCAUCCAAUUAACUUCAUAAGUAAUACAGAGCACAUGCAAAUGCUGUUACAAGAAUUAGAUUUUCUAAUGAUGACACAAAAUUGAUAUCAACCAGUGGAAUGGAUAGAGGUAUCUUUAUAUGGAAAACUGAUUAGUCGAAGGGAGAUGAAUUAAUUAAAAAUGAAGGUAUGCUUGAUUCUCUAACACUCCCAUAAGAGAAAAUAAGAAGAAUAGGAUCUGAUAAAUAUGGAAAACCAAGAGUCAUUGAUAUUGAAAAUAAUGAUGAUCAAUAGUUUGAUCAGAUUGAAAAGGGAGAUGACUUUGUUGCUCUUAGACCUUGGAUGGGUGUAGUUAAGGAACCAUCUAAUUUUUAUAAAGAUCCUUUAAAUCAGACUAAAUAGCCAUUAAUUGAAUUGACUUUAGAAUAUGUUCAUGGUUAUAGAUCUAAAGAUUGUAGAAACAAUGUAAAAUAUGUUACAGGAAAUUAAAUUAUCUACAACACAGCAGCAUUAGCUAUUGUGUUAGAUCCUAAUGGUAGUUCCAAUAAUAAUACAUAGAAGAUAUUUAAUUAUCAUAACGAUGAUGUGAUUGCAUUGGAUGUAUCAUCUGAUCGACUCAAAGUAGCCACAAGUCAAUUAGGAACAAAUCCUAUUAUAUAUGUUUGGGAUAGCAAUAGUCUGGCUAUCUUGGCAGCCUUUUAGGGUUAUUUUACCAAAGGAGUUUCAUAAUUAGCCUUUAGUGUAUCUAAUGAUAAACUGGCUGCUGUAGGAAUGGAUGAUUGUCAUUAAUUAUGCAUAUUUGAUAUCUCAACUAAAUCCUCAUAAUUAGGAGGAACUUUAUUGAUCAAAGAUCAAAUUGGCAAGCAUUUUGUAACAGAUAUUAAAUGGAAGAAUGACAACGAAUUUGUAACUUGUGGUUUUAAUCAUCUUCAAUUCUGGAAACUUGGACAUGGAGGGAUUACCAAUUUAAAUGGGCAUCCUUAAGCACCUCUAUCUUUUAAAUAUUUAUGUGCAGCAGUCAAUAAUGAUGAUUAUUUAUUAGGUGCAAUGGAUGGAUCACUCUAAGUAUUCUAAACUGGAAAAAUGAUAAGUUAUUUUUAAUAUUUAGAAGCCAAUCGUCCUUUAGAAGCUAUUAAUGUUUCAACAGCAUUGUAUUAUCAAUAUAUAUAUAUUUAGCAUUUUAAUUGGUGGAAACGAUUCUAAAAUAGUUAUAAUGGAUUCAAAGUCAUAUUAACAAAUUCUAUCAUUUAAAUUAUCAGAAUGCAUUAGGAAUUUAUUGGGGUUUGAACUAAAAUCUAUUUUAUUGGGUUGUGAUCUCAAAACCUUGUUAAUUUCGACUAAUUCUGGCGAUAUAGUAGAAUUGACUACAAUGGAUGCGAAAAUUAAUGCCAAUUCUAAGUUUGCUGUCUCCAAAACUAUAAUGAAUUCACAUUUUUAUCCAAACAAAAGAUCAUUUAAUGAGAUAUGGGGACUUGCCAUAAAUCCUUAAGAUUCAGAUCUAUAUUAUACAUGUGGAGAUGAUGCUACCCUAAGAUCCUGGUCAAUUAGUUAAAAGAAAAUGCUGAAUAUGAUAAAAACAAAUCUUGAUGGAAAUGGAGUAGAAAUCAAAUAAGAGGAAGGUGGGGAAUUGCCUGAUAACAUCAAAGGAAGAUGUAUAGCAGUUUCAUAAGAUGGGAUUUCAAUUGUGGUUGGAUUCAAAGAUGGAACUAUUAGAGUAAAUUAUAUUAAAUAUUAUAGAUAUACGAUAAAGAAUUAAAACAAAAAUAUGUCAGUAGAAUAGCUAAGGAAUGGAUAAGUGACAUCAAAUUUAGUAAGGAUUAAUCUUGGAUUGCAAUAGGGUCGCAUGAUAACUCAAUAUAUAUCUACAGUUUUCCUGAUAUGAAAUAAAGAUACAACCCUCUAAAAAAGCAUUCAAGUUAUAUAACACAUAUUGAUUUCUCUUCUGAUGACAAUUAUCUUCAUAGCAAUUGUGGAGGAUAUGAAAUGCUUUUUUGGGAAUUGUAAACUGGAAAGUUAUUACCAAAUGGAGCCAAUUAAUUGAGAGAUGAAAAAUGGCUAACCUGGACAACUCCAUUUGGUUGGCCUGUCUAAGGUAUUUGGCCUGACAUUUAAAAUGCCUUUGAUAUAAAUGCAGCUGUUAGAUCAAAUCAAACAUAUACUUUAUCUGACAAACCACCUGAUAAUUAUUAUCUUAUAGCCACAGGAGAUGACAAUUCUUAGAUCAAAAUCUUUAGGUAAUUCAUUUAAUUUAAUUAGAUAUCCAUGUGUCAAAAAGGCUUCAGGUUAUGUACUAGGCAAAGGACAUUCAUCUCAUAUUACCAAUAUUGUGUGGUCUUUUGAUGACCAAUAUCUUUUUAGUACUGGAGGUGAAGAUAAUUCCAUAUUCUAAUGGAAGAUUAACAAAUUGAAAUGA